UUGAAGAAUACUCGGUACAUGCAGGUGGCAGCCGCCAUGGCCGGUUCUACCUCGACCAUGGCUAUAACUGCAUACACUGCAUGGUCUUCACCAGCUAUAGUUUUAUUACAAACUGGUGAUUCGCCAAUUGGGAAGCCCUUAAGCAGUGAGGAGCUAUCAUGGGUGGUGUCUAUAUAUGUAUUAGCUGGUAUUUCAGUAGCUCCAAUCCUUUCGCUAAUGCUCGACAAACUUGGCAGGAAACCAACUGUUUUGAUUUCAUCGGUGUUACUCUUCCUUCCGUGGUUAUUGAUCAUUUUCGCGCAAAAUGUGUGGUUCCUAUACAUAGCUAGAUUCAUUGGAGGCGCUGGAACAACUAUGGCUUUAGCGACUGUAUCCAUUUAUAAUGGAGAAAUGUCCGAUCCGGAUAUUCGAGGAAAACUGGGCACCACUUUCAGCUGGCUGAAGGUCAUAGCCAAUUGCUUAGUACUGGGCAUUGGACCUUUCGUAUCUUACGUAUCACUAGGAAUACUCUGUGCGGUUUUCCCGUUGCUUUUAGCAAUAACCUUCGCAUUUGUCCCGGAAUCACCGUACUACCUCAUAAAGACUGGUAAAAAAGACGAAGCCCGAAAAGCGCUAAUGAUAUUUGCUGCUAACACCACGGAUAGCAGCGUGAUAGAGAAAAAGCUGUUGAAUAUCGAGGAUAGCAUUAUAAAUGAAAAUAUAUUAAGUUUGAAGGAGUUUUUCAUGGGAAAGCAGUUCCGGAAACUCAUCCUGAUUACCAUUGGUAUAAAGACCAUGCAGCAGAUGAGCGGUUACAUGGCCGUUAAAUCCUAUUUGCAACCCAUCAUCUCGUCGACUGGAAGCAGUCUUCCAGCUAAAUAUUCCAGCAUCAUUUUCGGCGCAGUCGAAAUCCCAGCAGCUAUAUUGACAACCAGUUUAAUAGACAGAGCUGGAAGAAAGCCAAUGUUAAUCACGUCGUGCAUUGCAAGCGCAAUAGCACUAAUAUCUGAAGGCACUUACUUUUUUCUCCAAGACUACAAUAAGGAAGACGUCUCGUACUUGUCAUGGCUUCCGACAACGGCAAUUGUCUUGUUCAUAAUCGCCAGUAACUUGGGUAUAAUCAACUUACCUUACGUCCUCAUCGGAGAACUGUAUCCUUCCAACAUCAAAGGAAUUGCUGUGACGGUUGGAACUUGUUACGCUAAUAUCCUUGCCUUUCUGGUUACCAAGUUCUUCGCACCAGUCUCAGAAGCUUGGGGCAUCUACACGAUUUUCUGGAUUUACGCAGGAUUCUGCGUAGCUGGUGCGAUUUUUGUUUCCAUUUGUUUGCCUGAAACUAAAGGCAAGACUUUAGAUGAAAUCCAGCAGUGUAUAAACAAAUCAAAAUCUUCCAACAUCCAUAAAAUUUAGAUCUGAAAUGCAUUUUAUU